UUUGAUAAAUUCUGACCUUAGUCGACUGUUUAGAGAGAAUCUUAAAUAAAGCAGUUCCGCUAGUAGAUGAUAAUAAGUUGUAAUCCCACUGUAAUUUUUUAGUGCUAGCCUAGAAAAACCUUGACACAUGGUAUGUGGUAAUGUAGAGACAAGUGAAUAAUAUGCCUGCAAGUAUAAAAUUGUGGAAUGGAUUAAUCCGAAAAUACGAGCGUUAUGCCGCUGUAAUAUUUCAUACGAGUUUGGAACUUAUCCUGUGAUUGUCUCUUCAUAUUAUACUCGCCGUCGAAAAUUUUCAAACGUUCCGGCCACCUCUUCAAUAUUUUUGUGUUUUUGAGUGGUUUUUCAUUUUGGAUGAAUAAGUGAUAUUUGAUUAAUGCUGAAUAAGAAGACGCUUUAAGCAAUUUCAGAUUUUUGCUAGUUUCAAGGAAGGUAGUGGGCCAAUACCCCCUUCAAAAUGAUGAACCCUCAACUGCAAAACAUUAUUCAAAGUACAGCUGGAGCAGUACCAGUACGAAAUGAAAAAGGUGAACUGUCUAUGCAAAAGGUGAAGGUACAUCGUUACGUAUCAGGGAAAAAACCAGAAUAUGCCCAAGAUGCUCAAUCAGAAUCAGAAGAAGAUGAGGAUGACUUUCUGGAGCGCAGGAAUCACAUUCCUACAAUUCCUUCCCCAGAACCCAUUAGAAGUGAUGAAGAAAUAAAUGACCCUCGUCUUAGAAGGCUGAAAGAGAUUGAAACAGAAGUUAGGCCUGAGAGAAGGAGACAUGUUCUUGAACCUGAAGUGCUUGAAUCUUCAGAAGAUGAAGCAGUGUCUGAUGCUGAUACUAGCAUGCCAGAACACAAGCACAUGCUUGAAGCAGGCCCAGAUGACGAUGAGUCUGAAGCAGAGCUUAGCGAUAGUGAGAUUGAAAGAAAAAGGGAGAUGUUAAAGAAAAAAAUUCUCACUAAGAAAGAAGAUGAAUUCAUGUUAAAAGAAGAGGAAAAAGAGGACUCGGUGUCAGAAGAAUCAUCUGAAUAUGAAGAAUAUACUGAUUCAGAAGAGGAAGCUGGUCCAAGACUGAAACCUGUGUUUGUAAGGAAAAAGGAUAGAAUUACUAUAGUUGAGAAGGAAAGAGAGGCACAAAAACAGAGAAAAUUAGAGGAAGAAGCACAAAGGGCAGCAGAAGAAAGAAGAAGGCAGACAUUACGAUUAGUUGAAGAAACAAUAAAAAAAGAACAACAAGCGAAGGACAAGGAAACCAAUGAACCAAACAUAAAUGAUGUUUGCACUGAUGAUGAAAAUGAUGAAGUUGAAUAUGAGGCAUGGAAGUUACGUGAACUAAAACGUAUAAAAAGAGAUAGGGAAGAAAGAGAAGCAUUAGAGAGGGAGAAGAUGGAAAUUGAGAGAUUAAGAAACAUGACAGAAGAAGAAAGAAGAUUACAACAAAGGUUGAAUCCCAAACAAGUAACUAACAAAGCAGCAAAAGGCAAGUACAAAUUCCUCCAGAAAUACUACCAUAGAGGAGCAUUCUAUCUGGAUAGAGAAGAUGACGUCUAUAAAAGAGACUUUGCUCAGCCUACACUUGAGGAUCACUUUGACAAGACCAUUUUGCCAAAGGUGAUGCAGGUGAAGCACUUUGGCAGAUCAGGAAGGACCAAGUACACACAUUUGGUGGAUCAAGAUACAACCCAGUUUGACUCACCAUGGUCUACUGAGACUGCUCAGAAUCAAAAGUUCCAUUCUCUGCAGGCAGGUGGAGUGAAACCCCUGUUUGAAAAGCCCUCAUUGAAGAAAAGGAAGAAUUGAGGGAGGAACUUCAUAAUAUAUUAAUUGAAAAUAUUCAUUCAUAAUUAUUAUAAUCUAACAAUCUUGUAAAUAUGCAGAGUAUCAUGUAUGCCUCAUUUUAUGAGCUAACAAUAAAAUGAGAUCGAAAAUUGAAUUGUGUAUAUACUAAGUACUAUAAAUAAAACAUGUGUUGGAAUUUCAUCAAAUUAAUUUGAUCACAUGUCUUUUAGAGCCACAUUUAUAAAUGAUCUUUGCAGAUUGAGUGCCAUGAAUGAUCCAUUCUUGGGUUUUAAAUGGACAAUAACACAUCCUUCAGGAACAUCCAAGGAAAGAUUUAACAACAUUUGAAUUUCACAGUUGUCGUCAC